GACAGCCCUUUCCGGUUUAGUUCUUGGGGCUUGAAGCCGUAGUUUCGGUUUUUAUUAUUUUAAUCGCCUCUAAUCCAACAAAAUGAGGAUCUAUAAAGAUAUUAUUACUGGUGACGAGAUGUUCUCGGACACGUAUAAAAUGAAAUUGGUGGAUGAUGUCGUGUACGAAGUUACCGGUAAAUUGGUUACCAGACAGCAGGAUGACAUCAAAAUCGAGGGUUUUAAUCCCUCUGCGGAGGAAGCUGAUGAAGGCACUGACUCGGCUGUCGAGCGCGGUGUUGACGUAGUGUUAAAUCACAGGCUAUGUGAGACUUACGCAUUUGGAGACAAGAAAUCCUACACAUUAUAUCUAAAAGACUACAUGAAGAAAAUUUUACAACGAUUGGAAGAGAAGUCUCCUGAUCAAGUAGACAUUUUCAAGACCAACAUGAACAAGGUGAUGAAGGAAUACCUUAGCAGGUUUAAGGACCUUCAGUUUUUCACUGGCGAGUCUAUGGACUGUGAUGGCAUGGUGGCCAUGCUGGAAUACAGAGAUAUUGAUGGAGUGUCCACACCUAUCUUGAUGUUCUUUAAACAUGGUCUUGAGGAGGAAAAAUUCUGAAAUCUUAAAGUUUAAGUAAAACUACUCUCAUAAUAUUCCAUGUACAACUACCACUCGCCUAAAAACUCCAUUUUUUUAUUUAUUUACAAAAAUCACUGCAUACUGCUUCGGCUUCUCCCAUCACAAGGCUGAACACUUUUGUAAUGUAUAAAAUGUAUGUU